AGAUCGUUGCAGUGAAAACGAUAAGAACUACCCUCAUGAGUUAGGGUUAGGCGUUGAUCGGGGUUGACGCUCGCCUUGGAGCAAACGCCGCCCUCAAGUUCGCGAACGUGUCGCUCGCACGGCUCAUGUUCCUCGCUUAGCUUUUAUUUCCUUUUGAGGGCAAGAACAGGGUCCUGUUGCAUCAUCAGGGGCUUGUUGUGACUGUUUGCUGGCUGUAUAAAGACUUUUCCUCAGUUGUACUGAGUUUCGUGUGAUACGUGAUUAAAGACAGACUUCCUUAUUAGUAAAGCAACAAACCUACGCUACUUUCAUUGUCAUAAAUUACCCACAAAUGGGAGAAGUUUUCCUCUCAAAUUAACCAACCAAGCAAACAAGGAUCCCGGGGCUCUGGAUGUGAGCGAUGCAUCUCAUUCUCAAGCCUCAUCAGUUAUCAGGUGCUGCAGAUGGCCGGAGUGCUGUCGGUCAGUUCCUGUUUACUCGUGACGUGUCUGUAAGGUGUGGCGUAGUUACAUGCAAGAGUCGCUGAUUGUGUCGCAAGCGUGGCUAGUCGCAAACCGGUGGAGUUCACGUCAUAUUCAACGAAUUUCAUUGAAGUAACAUGAAACCCCUUCCAUUCUUGUGUCAGUGUGGCCUGACCACAUACCUCCGAGGAUUAGGUUUACAAACACUGUCCAUCAGCUUUCGAAAUUGUGUGUGUGCUUUUGUUUUGUUUUGGUUUUUUUUUUUUUUUUACUGACGAUCGAACGCAGUUGCUGUUGGGAGGAACAAAGCGGCAUAGCUGAGUGUAGUGUACUGGGUGCCCGUGUUGCCACUACUCGGAAUUUUUAUGUUCGACCUCACCUUGGAAGCUAGAGGUUAGACAGGAUGAUGCAAGCCUUUGGCAGGAUGCCCGGACAUAGGGCCUGCUGGUCGAGAGGGGCGGGGGAGGCGCGCAUGACGUAGUUAAAGUGGGUGUGUUUGCGACAUUUCCACGAGCGCUUCUGAUUGGACCAACUGGUCACACCUCUAGUCGAUUUUUCUGUAGAAUAGGAGUGGAGCGUUUCUCAGGGGCACCCCACGUGAGUCGCGAGUCUAGUACACGCAGACCACAGUCGAGUUACUACUUCGUCCUUACCGACGACUAGCGAAGAGCUUUCAAGUACCAUGGAAGAACAACGUACAACUGGUAUUCUGCUAUUCAGCGUAUUUGUGGCUGUGAUUGGCAAUUCAUUCCUUUAUGGCUACAACAUUGGUGUUGUGAACACCCCUGCACUUAUUAUCCAGACCUUCUACAACAAGACAUACUAUGAAAGAGCAGGAGGAAAUUGGACUGAUGUGCAGCAAGCGGAAGCUUGUAACGAGAAUAAUUCUAAUUCUUCAAACACAACCACUACAGCCCCAAAUCUGUCAAAUGUGAGCAACUGCUAUGAGAAGUUUGGAGUUCAGACAGAGUUGCUUUUGAAUAAAUGGCAGCUGGAGAUUCUUUGGUCAGUGACAGUGGCCCUCUUUGUGUUCUUUGGCAUGAUUGGUGCCUUCUCUUCUGCCAAGGUAGCAGACUUCUUUGGCAGGAAGAAGGGUAUGAUCGUCAUUACCUUCAUUAUGUUUGUGGCGGCUGUACUCGGGGGUAUUCCUUUGGCCGCCAAGUCACCAGAGCUACUUAUGCUGUCUCGUGUCUUUGUGGGCAUUCAUUCAGGUCUUAACAUUUCUCUGUGUCCAAUGUACCUGGCUGAGAUAUCGCCACGAAAGAUUCGUGGUGCGAUCGGGACAUGCCAUCAGCUUGCCAUCACUAUUGGCAUUCUCUUUUCACAGAUCCUUGGUCUGAAAGAGCUACUUGGCACUGAAAGUCUGUGGCCGCUUCUGUUUGCCUUCAAUGCUCUACCAUCCCUGCUUUGUCUGGUGGCCAUGCCCUUUUGUCCUGAGAGCCCUCGUUACCUGCUCAUCAAGAAAAACCUGGAAGAGGAGGCCCGCAAAGAACUGAUACGAAUCCGUGGAACCCAUGAUGUGGAUGAGGAAAUGGAAGAGAUGCGUGCUGAGAGUAAAAAGUCUGCUGGUGUGACUAAUUACACCAUCAAGCAGCUGGUUACUUCACCUAACCUGCGUCUUCCACUUAUCAUUGCUUGCCUUAUUCAAGUGACACAACAGUGGUCUGGAAUAAAUGCUGUGAUGUCGUAUUCAACCUUCAUCUUCCAACAAGCCCAAGUAGCUAAGCAUGCCAUCCCCUAUGUUGUUGUUGGCACAGGUGUUAUCAACGUUGUUGCAACAGUCAUUGCUGUACCACUCAUGGAGAAGGCAGGCCGUCGUCCUCUUCUGAUUUGGCCCAUGGGUGUCAUGACAGGCUCGUUCAUUUUGCUGACAAUUUUCUUAAACCUCAUGGAUCCUGAGAAGCAUCCUGAUCUUGUGAGUAGCCAGCAGAGCUUUGCCUACGUUUGCAUCAUCGUGGCUCAUACUUACAUCAUUGGCUUUGCCCUUGGACUUGGUCCCAUCCCUUUCAUCGUGGUGAGUGAGAUCUUCCGCCAAGAGCCCCGUGCUGCAGCCAUGAGUUUGUCCUUGGCCUUUAACUGGAUCUGCAAUUUCAUCCUUAUGCUUAUUUUCCCCUUCAUGAAGGAUGGGCUGCAGGAAUACACCUACAUAGUCUUUUCCAUCAUACUGGCAGCAGCUAUCGUCUUCAUUUUCUUUUUUGUUCCGGAGACAAAGAACAAGACAUUCGAUGAGAUUGCCAACUCCAUUGCCUUUGGCCGUGCCAGAGGGGCUGAGAAGAAAUACGCCGUUGAUCAAGAGAGUAUACCCAUGACAGAGAAGUCUUAAAGCCUGUCAAAGCACAUUUAGGUAGCUUGGCACUAUGGGAUUUGACACUUACUUCAUUGGAUCAAAACAAUUGGAGACAUUGCAAAGUGUUUUAGGGGAAACAGGUGGGUGGAGACAUAAUUAGGGAUCCAAAAUGGGUUCUUGUGGUUUCUGUCCCCUACCACAGGUAGGAGAAAUAUCCAGCUUUCUCUUGUAUCACCUCAAACAUGAUUGCACAUUUAUGUUAUGGUCAAAAUGCUACCAUAUAUGAUCAAAUUUUCUUUCUCUCCCAACCAUCUGUCCUUUUUGUCUCCACUUCAAACCUUGUGUCAAUCCCACAUCUGUUGAUACUGUAAUUGCCUCUGUGAUAGAAAAGAGUCAAAUCUAUGGCAUUUAAUAAGUCCAGGAAAUAUGUACAUGCCCUGAUAUUGCUUUUAAGUUCCGGGUAAAUUUUAGGACAUCUUUGCAUUUGCUAGUCCUACAUCUGUAUGCAGAGGAAAUUGUUCAGACAGAAAAUGAGACAUUUAAAAAGGGAACUUAGAUUGUAGAGAAUGGUGACAUUGUGCAGGGUUGGAGAUCUCAUCUUAUGGUUUGUUUAUCAAUCCUUAAGAUGGUGUGUGUUCCUCAAUUUUGUUUUUAUAAACUUGCUUCAUUUAAAAUCUAAACUAAAUUGUUUAUAGAAUUAACUUGCUGACUAUUUUUUUUAAAGGUUUUUUUAGGUUUUUUUUUUGCGUUCUACUUUUGCUGUUUAUUCAUAUUUCAUUCUUAGUUUCACACUUGCAUAUUGCAUUCCAGAAUGCAGUCAUCAGCUGUGAAUGUGAGUAUGUGCAGGUGCAUGCAUGCACUCACAUAUGAACACAUGCUUUUUUAUUCCUUGCCUUUAAUGUGUUUUCCCAUGAGUUAGGCAACUUUUUUUUUUUUUGUUAGCCCUUGUUAUAUGAGUGGCUGUGUUUAGUUACCAAUUGUAUAUUUUCAUUUUUUGAUGGAUAGCAAAUUCUUCUAGACUAUAUUGUGCCCAGAUUUUAGGGAUUAAUUUUUAUGGGGAUAUUUAUUUUUAUAUUACAUUUUUAACCUUCAUUUACACCAAACAAAAGUCAGUUUCAGUCUUACCGUGUGGGAGAUGGAAAAGCCUAACAGAAAUCCUUUUGUGCCUGCAGAUCUUCAUACCAUUGCAGUUUUGCAUAGUUUGUAGGACUUUGACAGCCAUGAAAUUAUUUUACAAAAACUUAUAAAUAUCGAUAGUAAUUCAUUACAUCAUGUUGUCACAUAUUUGAGGUGUCACUGCUGAUAAUAGUUUUAAAUAUGCAGUAGACACACACUGAGGAUGAGGUUGCAGUUUAACAAUUUUUCAGGCAAGCAGAUCUGCAGUAAGCUUUCGUAUGGAUUAACAACAGAAUGAGAGGCUCGUAUAUUUAUAGCCGUAAGGUGUUAUAUCUAAAAGGAGAGAAAAAAUUUUAUAAUGACAAUCCAUUUUCAUUCCAUGCAGGGGCCAUUGUGCCUGCACAUUAACACACACAUAUUUUUCUUCUCCCCAUUGUUUGUAAUGUGUGUAUCUUCACAUCUGGUCACCUGUCAAAAAGUGUUGGUUUUUUUAAAAUAUCUUCGGGAUUUGUAAAUAGCAUGACAUAUGCUGAUAUGUUUUUAUGUGGUUUUUUUUUAAAGUGGUAAUAUGGGCUGAGAGGCAGCAAGUUUGUGUAAGUAAGGAGAUGUUUUGUGGGGAAGUGUGCUUAUCGUAUUUAUAUUGUUUUUAGUAGUUUGUUGGGAAAGAAAUGUUUUAAAUUUGUUUUUUGUUUUUUUAUUAUUUGAGACUGCUGCUGGUUGUUAUCUGUAAUGUUAGUUGUGUGAGAGAAGUAUAAAGUGGCAUUGGCAUGCUCUGCUUGUAAAGAGACAUUUAUUUAAAUUAUAUAUAGAUAACUUCAGUGGCAAUUUUUGCAUUAAUUUGUUAACCUAUAUUAGAAGACCACAACACUAUGAUUGCCUUUGCUGUCUGAGGAGGACAAUAAUCAGUGUCCCCAUUGAGUAGAAAUGUUAAAAUCACAUAAGAGAGAUCCUAAUCACAUACAGAAAAUAUAGAUAGAGGUUCUGAAAAUGUAAACAAUUUGGCAUCAGAGGUUUGUAUAUGUGAAAGCUUGGGUCAAAGGUCUUAUAGUGUACAUUUUGUAACAAUCUGAACAUGAAAGCUAUAUUCUAUCAUUUCUAGCUAUCAAACUUCAGUUUUAUAUAUCUAUAUAAACAUGACAUCAGAAAGUAAAGGUUACUGCAAUGUUAACAAAUGAUAUUUCUGUUUAUUUUUUUCUUCUUCUUAUCAAGGGUUGUCAGGUGGCGCAGUGGUUAGCGCCUGUCACCAAUACAGUGAAGGUUGGCUGUCCUGGGUUCAGGCCUCAUCUCAGGCAUGCUGUUUUUCUCUGCAUGGGGCUUACAGGACCGGAUGCUUUGCCAUGAUAUAGUCUUAGUUUCUGACUGAGUGUAAAACACCAAUUCUCCCCCUAACCCUACUACUUACCGAUAAGACCUCAGUAUUUUUAUUCAGGGGAAUGAUAAAUGGAGAAUUUUGCCUGUAGAUCUUGUAACUAUUUGCAUUCAAUGGAUAAGAAACCGUGACCGUGAUGCAUCUACACAUCUUGUCCAAGUCCCUGGGUGAGGAGAGAUGCCACAGAUUUUAGUGGCAUGAAGAUGCAGGCAUUGUGUGUAAUGUUUGACAGAAGGUCUACAACAGACAUGUCAAACAUACAGCCCUUUGCAAGCACACCUGCGGCCCACACAGAUGUGACCCAUGUGACAUGCCUGGUCUACAGCACAGCAGUGUUUCACAGUAGAUAUCAAACUUUUGAGUAACCUGUUAAGCGGUCGUCUCAGGUGUUCCUUGUUUCAAUUUUCUCGUCCUGCCACUUUUGCUGUCCUUCUCAGCAGCAUGAGAGACUGUAGGGUUAAAUCAAGUCUUAAAGUGCAAAUCUGGAGUCAGGUACCUUCUUUAAGCAUUUUUGCAGAGCCUUGCCAGGUUUCCUGGACAUGCUUGUUUUUUCACAGUUGUGGACUAUAAAGUAUGUCUCUUUUUUUCUUGAGGUAAAAGAAUAGUCUGGUGUCUGCUUUCAAAAUGUGUACUAGGAUAUCUUGUAACCUCUCACCUCCUUUAAUUCCUCAUGAAAUUUUUCUCCUCACAAAAGUACAAGAGUAAGAAUAUCCUUUCUUUAAUGUACAUGGGUUUGUUGACUGACAAAAUGUUUAGAACUUAGCCAUAUUGGGUAUACUUAGCAGGGCUUCUUCUUACGCAAAAAAUUGCGUACAGUACGCAUUAAAAGUUCGGAGGACCCCUUCAAUUUUCGUCAAUGGAGUCCCCUUCAAAUUUGGGCGAAGAACAGGGACCCCUUAAAAAUCUGAAGAAGGGGUCCCUGGGACCCCAAAGAAUUUAGCCUUAGCAGAAGCCCUGCAUAAGGUUCUUUUUGUCUAAUAACAGAUCACAUCAUUAUUCAAGCAUGUUACCUUGACAACAGAGGUCCUAUUGAUAGAAUCUGUGCAUGUUUUUCUUCUUAGAGGUGAAACUGCAUGCUGAAGAACAAAUCUGUUGUGUGGAAUGGCUUCUGUUGAACUGGUGUUACGUUAGUGCAGCUAAGAUUGUUAUGAACAAUGAAUCACAACAGAAUGUAUCAAUAUAAAAAAAAGCCCAAUGCCACAGCUUGUUAACCUGAACUGUAAGAACUAGUGGGCUUUUGUUGGCACACAGUUUCCUAGUCUUUACAUUAUUAGAUAAGUCUGCAUGAGUAAAAUUAAUGUCUUAAGUUUUAGACAGAUUUUGUACAAAGUUCUUGCCUUUUCUGCCAUUAGACCUGUCGGAGGUUAUACUUAAGAUGUAAAUAUUGCGCCCAACAAAGGUAUAAUAAGUGGUCAAGUUACAUGCCUCAUACCCAUCCACCCGGCAUUCACAUCAGUCGUACAGAGAAGAAUUUUAAAAUGUUGCUUUAAACCAAGCUAAUCUCCCUGACACUGGUGUUGAUAGGCCAAUUUCUUUUGGGGAAAACAUUUUCAGUUUUAAUGAGAGGAGAAUUUUAUUUCUGUUGUGCAGUUUUAUUCAGACAAAACCACCAUUUUAUAUUCAUUAAAUAGUAUGAUCAUUUAAUCGUUGAUUUUUAAAAAAAAAUGAUUGUUUUAUAUUUUCUUAUCACAGAUGAUCUUGUAAAUAUCCUGAAAUAAUGUCAUUAGUCAUGGGAAUACUGUGAUUUAAGAGUAUGCCUUUUUGAAUAAUGCUUGAGUAUUGUGUUUCUUUUCAAACUUUAACUUUAAUGUGGAGCACUCAGGGAUGGUGAUUUGAGAAGGGAAGUUGUAGUAUUGUAUACUGAGAUGAGGCAAAAUGUUAUGUAUUGAGACAGUAACUUUAUCAAUGUUCAAUUAAGAAUAUGUGUGACCUUACAUUUGCUUCAGAAAAAAAGUUUGCACUAUGUGCUCCCCAGGUGAGGGUCAUGUUCUAUGAUAAAAAAACAUUUGUGGAUGCUCCUGCUUCAUAUAAUUGUCCACUUUAUCAGAAGAUACUGUAUGGCAUGAGCUGGCACUUCCACACUGAUGAUUCCUUCUUUUUUCCAGCAGUGUUCAUGCCAUGGUCACAAGCAUAGUUUCCAGGAUGCUAGGUACAAUCUUUAUAGUGCUGACCUUACCUUCCUUGUACAUUAUACUUUAGUGAAAAUGUUUAGCUUUUUGAUGUUAGCAGAUUGCAGUUUUGGUGUUUUGUUUUUUUUUUCUUUUUUUGAACAUUUUCAUCCAACAGAUCUCCAUUUUUGCCCAUGUUCUUCAGUUAUCUUUUAUUUACUUCUAGACAUCAUGUGGUCUUUGUCUGUGUACAUAACAUAAUAAUAUAUAUAUAAACUUGUAUGCAUGCACAUGUAUAAGGUUUUGUAAUAUUAUAAAGUUACACCAAAGUAUGAUUUGUAUUGAAGUGCUUGCUUGACAUUGUGUGCCUCUAUGUUUGUGGAGUGGAAAUGUUUAUGUGUGUGUGUGUGUUAAUGUGGUUUUAGUAUACAUGCUUAAGUACUGCAGUGACAAUGAUUUGCUGGAUUUCUUGUAAUUGUUAACAAUUGCUGGGGAUUAAAAAUUGUGAUUACAUUUUUCAGCAGCUAUCUUACUGUGGUUGCAACAGGUCUCUUCGAAAUAAUAUAUUAUUUAUUCUGCAGAAUAGCAGAAGAAAGUUUUCAAACAAUUUAUGAAAGAGGUUCAAUGGAAGUGGCAUUGAUGAGUGAAGGCUUAGCUCAUUGGUUUGGUCUAUUUUGAAUGCAAGAUAGAAUUAAAGGGGCAUCUCAUGUUUGUGUAGCUGCUAAAGUUACUAUACUUUGUUGUCUUGCUUGGUUCCUUGAGAGGGGAGAGGUACAGGAUAGCUGACAGCUUUAUGUUUAUUGGUAUUUCAUUCUUCUUUUAUGAACAAGGUCAUGUGGAGAGCUGACUUGUUAUUUCCUAUUGCUGGGUGUUGGUAUCAGGGUGUUGUGGGUGCUUUGGGUAUAUAAGAGGAUUAUUUUCCUGCUUGUCAAAUGUUAUUUAUGGUGGGAAAAACUCGUUUGAAAUAUCUGUAUGUUCAUAUUGUGUGUGAUGGGGAGAUGCAUGUUCAUGUGCAUGAUUUUUGUGUCUGGGCAUAUGUGCAUGUGUGGAUGCACAUAUCCUUGUAUAUUUUGUAAACUUGGCUUAAUGAGUAAUGCUGUCAUGUAGUUAAUGGAUGUCAUUUCCUUAUUUUAUAAGUGUCACAUCAUCUGGUAAUAUGACUGCUACACCAAAGGUGCACAGAAUUUAGUCAUUACAGACUGGCACCUGACAAUAGACUUGUCCACUUCUGGUUGUGAAUUGUACUUGGUCGUCUAUUUUUGGCCCCCAAUGUAACAUCUGCAUGCUCUAAAGGCUUGUAAAGAAGCUCACAGAAAUGUGAACAGCAGAAACUCAAAGAAGAGAUUUUUUGAAUGGACAAAGAAGAUUCUUGGGGAUCAAGUAGCAUGGUGAAUUGUGUGCAACAGUCCAGUGGCUGUUCUCUUGUGUAGCUAUGUAUGCACAGCAGGCAUGGCAAGAGACAAGAGUUUCAGUGGGACAGAAGACUUUGUCCAGUCAAACGCUCUUUAUUGCUGGUUGUGCAGUACAGAGGCUGUUACCUGUUAGCAUUGCAUAGGACACAGUUUCUGAUUUACAAGUUCCUUUGAGCAGCGAGAUUCAGCUGGCUAGGGAGUGUUUAAGCAAACAGCCAGAUACCCAUCAUGACCUCUCAAUCUAUCUUUGUGAAGUUGACCCAGCCUUGUGCUUGCCUGUGUGCCAACCGUGCAUGCAUUCUGUAGACAAACUCGUGUCGUUUAUGUAGCUAGGGAGAUUUCUGUGUAGAGAUUUAGUCUCGCUUGAGUGUCUUCUUGUUCGAGGAUCUGUACGCUAGUCACAAGAGCAUGUACAUUCGUUCAUCCAUUUCCCCAGCAUUGUUGUCAUUAUCAUGUACUUGCCACAGAAUACACUUUUGACUUCUGAAACUUUCAUGUAUAGACCCAGUUCUUUGUUGGUUAACCAAACAGUGGGAUGUCAGUCCAUUUGGUAUUGUGUAUUUUAUUCAGAUAAAUGUUCGUUUCUAGUGGUAGUUUAUGACGCCAGAAGAAAGUCCCCCCUACUGGUUAAAAUCUUGUUUAGACUGUUGACGGAAGCUGUUGAUGUACUUGUUUGUAAAAUGUAGUCUUGGGAAACUGAAUUUGAGUCAUUUGUAGGGUUUUGAAUUGUUUCUAUGUUAGACGGUACUUUUUGCCAUUUGCAAUUCACAGCUGUCCACACUGAGUUCUUCUAAAGAACAUGUGUCAGCAGUUUAAAGAUAGCUACAAUAGCAAUUUUUUAUGGUGAAUCUUUUCACUGGAAUGGGAUGAAUCGGAACAUACCACCACCACCAUCUCCAAAUCGCACACACGUGCGUGGAUUGACAGACAACAGAAAUCAGCAAAGGGGAAACCAUUUAGUUGUGCAAUAUAUGGCAUUGGAGACAAUGCCCGCAAAAAAAUGGCCGUAGAUCAUUGAGAUUGUCACGCAUUGGAAUUGUUUCUGGGGUCAUGUUGUCGUCAAGUCAAAGGUCACCAUAACCUGGCACCGCACACUGCCAUGAGCAAAACUGUUCUAGGAGUCCUGUAGAAUUUACUGGUCUAAUAGUGGUUAAACGGUAUUCACAUGCUGUGCAAGUCGCUGUACUCUGGAAUCUUAUGCUACAUUGGUCUUUAUCCUCUCUAGUUGUACAGUAUUCUGUUGGCACACCUCUUGAGUUGAGGGUCACAUACCAUCUGGUGUUUCAUUCUGCUGAACGGUACCACAGUCUUUAUCCUACUUCUUUCUACAAAUAGGAAUUGUUUGCAGUUAUGCCACAAGUUCAACGAUCUCAUUGGAUACAUGACUACACGGAUUUCCAGAUAUUAGAUUUAGGAGGUUAUACUUAUUUUUCAAAAGCAUGUCUUUUUUUCAGUCACAUUUUGUUAAGUAAGCUUAUAUACCUAAAUACCAGUAUACCUAAAUACAAGAGCAAAAGCUGUUACUUUUCUUGUUGCUAAACACUGGAGAUCAAAGAUUGCAGCAGCUAUUUUUAUGGUUAAAUCGCGCCAUGAAGGAUACAUUUUUAUGUGGUUCUUUUAUGUGCUUUGAGUAGAUUUUGUGUGUGCCUUGUAUGUGCAAAGAAAAUAAAAAUAAAAGUGUUGUAUUUCA